AUGUCUACGGCUUCUCAAGAUUGUGCCAGGGUUAGAAAAUAUCUACAUGAACAAUUAAUUGCUACUGGUGAACGUGAUAGGCUAAAAGAAUUGCUAAGAACCAGAUUGUUGGAAUGCGGCUGGAGGGAGGACCUUAAGACCCAUUGCAACGAACUGAUAACAAAGAGAGGUCUUACGUAUGUCACAGUCAACGAUCUCGUUACGGAGUUAACUCCAAUUGCCCGCAAAAAUAUUCCCGAUUUUGUCAAAAAAGAACUCGUGGAUGCGAUCCGCAAUUUCCUGCCCAAAGAUGCCUGCGGUAAUGGAGACGACAACAAUUGA